AUGGACGAAGAAACCAUGGCCGGGCCCGGUCAGGGCGGGGGUGCCAGCCCUUCACAACCAGCCCCAAGUGCACCAAGUGCCCCAAGUGAUCACACCAAGUUUCUGAAGGAUAUGUAUUCUCGAAGUGAGGAGAUCAUCACCAGGGAGUUGAGGAAAGAUCCGGUGGCGAUGCAUCGCGUCUACCUGGCCCUGUCCAUUUUGGCCAUCGCUUCUUGCCUGGCCUAUCUGCGUCAUGGCACCUUCGAGGCUGUGAUUUGCGUGCUGGUGGGUAGUGGUUUGACCGCAGGAAGUUGCUGGUUGGCGCUUUUCCUGACCAACCUUCUGGCAGAUUUUUUGGAAAAACUGUCCAAAUCUGGGUCAGGAAGCGCUUAUAGUAGCCUCGAAAGGGGGUCUGCAGGAAAAAGGAGAUGCUACAGCGUGCCAUCCAGUGCGCUCUUGGUGCUUUGGGCUGCUGCUGGAUGUCUUCCAGGCGUGAUGCUAGCACCAAUGAGUCGAUCCUAUCUCCUCUCCACGAUGUUGGUGAUCCUUUGUGGAGUAUCCUUGACCUUCCUCAUCGGAAUCCGAGAUCCUUUGUGCAACCUCCUGCCAUGUGAGCCCAACUCUCACUGA